AUGUCAAUCCAUGAAACCACUACGCCGUCCGAUCUUCGUGACGCCCCAGGCGCAUUCCCGGACCAACAGGACGACAGAGAAGAUGCUCAGGUAGCAUCCGAUUUCAACUCGCUGUCUCGAGCGGUAUACGCUAGAAGAGCCGAAUACGUUCGCCGCAAAACAGUACGAGUCAGAAUUGGGUCUUGGAAUGUGGCAGCGCUUCCCGGCACCGAGGAAGACUUGGCGAAAUGGUUUAUGAAACCUGCUAGAGGAAAGGAAAAUAACCAUAAGGGCCAUAAAUCGCAUAGAUCCGAGAGUGGCAUUGAUGAUAAAAGGGAGGGAGCGGAUUGCAAGCAGCAAGAUGACGAGUCACUCGUUGCCGAAGAUGAGAGUAUCGACAUCUACGUUCUCGGCUUGCAGGAAAUCGUCGAUGUCAACUCUCCAGCCGAGACUCUGAGGCCAUAUGUAGACCCGGCGCCUUCAACUCGGUGGAAAGAAGCUGUUCAAAAUGCGCUCCCCGACAGAUAUACACUCGUAUCCUCGCAGCAACUUACAGGCCUGCUACUCUUGGUCUAUGCUUCCCAGUCAACCGCUCGAACUAUAUCGUCCGUCAGCUCCUUAGGCAUUGGGACUGGCUUGAUGGGGUAUAUGGGCAACAAAGGAGCAGUUGCAACACGGAUAGUUAUCGGCGGGAUAACGCGUAUCGUUUUCGUUAAUUGUCACCUGGCUGCCGGAGCAGACAAAGCGAGCUUGGAUAGACGAAAUUGGGAUGCUUCACAAGUCGUGAUGCGUGCGAAAUUUGAUCCAAUUGACGAAGGGGAUGAUUUGGACCACACGUCUAACCAGACCCUGGGGGAAGAAGAUUUCGCCUUUUGGUUUGGCGACCUAAACUAUCGCUUGGACGACAUACCCGGCGAUGACGUCCGGCGGCUUCUGCAUUUACAUACGGAAAAUGAUUUUGGACCAUUGCCCAAGCCUGCGACCCGGAAUAAUGAGGAUAGAGGGUCCCAAACAUCUAACCGUUCGUCUAUGGAGGAGGGCCCUCCAUGCGAAAGCCCAGGCGAGGCAAUUUCAAUGGUAGAUAAUGACCUUGAACUUGAUCAGGAUCCUGCUUCGCUAGAGACCACCCUUACAUCGCUUCUUCCCCAUGAUCAGCUUCAUGCUCAACAAAGAAAACGAAAUGCGUUUUAUGAAGGCUGGAGAGAAGCGGAGAUAACAUUUCUACCUACGUACAAAUAUGACAUUGGACGUAUCGGGAAAUUUGAUUCAAGUGAGAAACAGCGCAGCCCAAGUUGGUGCGAUCGAAUACUCUAUCGAACUAGACAAGAUUAUCUAGAAUACAAAAGACGUACCAAAGAAGCGGAGGACGUGAGAAAAAGAGACGAUGAAAUGAAAUCACUUGGUUUGGAUCAAGAGGCAGAAGAUGCUAGCGUAUUAUUCGAUUAUGACCCAGAAUUUGAUGGCGCUUAUGAUGAAAACGAGGACGCAGAUGACAAUGCGUUUACGGAUCCCCCCUCAAUUGGGGAAUAUGAAGACUUACUAAGUGUGUCCUGCUACACGUCACAUCAGGGUAUUGUUUCGUCGGAUCAUAAACCCUUACACGCCGAUUUCAUCCUGACAUACGACUCUGUGAUCCAGGAGCUAAAGGCAAAGGUACAUCAGGAGGUUGCUAGGGAGUUAGAUAAAGCUGAGAAUGAGGCACGGCCAGAUAUCACGGUCGUGGUCGAUGUGCCGGUUGAAAAGGCGGGAGAUACCCAACAAGCUAGCAAUGGUACCACAGACAGAGACACCGUCAACUUUGGACAAAUCCGUUACGAUGUACCAGUAUCACGGAGUUUAACAUUAGCGAAUACUGGCAGUGUACCAGCUACGUUCUCGUUCCAGUAUAGACCUGUUGCUGCUGAUGAAGAAUCUCGCGUUUCCCCCCCUUGGCUUCAUCUUCGAGUAGAUUGGCCUGCGAAUGGAGAUACACAAGCACCGAAUACGCACAAGGAAUACACACUGCCUCCUGGUGAAUCCGCACACGUUCACCUUGUUCUUUGUAUCUUUGAUAUGGAUUUUGUCCGCGAAUUGAAUACUGGCAAAGCUAAGGUUGACGAUGUGCUGGUCCUACGGAUUUCUAAUGGCCGGGAUCACUUCCUUUCAGUCCGUGGACAGUGGCUACUAUCCUGUUUUGGGCUGUCGUUGGAAGAAUUCACCCGAAUCCCUGAAGGGGGAAUCAGAAGGCUGGAAAUUUCCAGCUUUAUGCCCUAUUUAUCUGGGAGUGAACGAAAUGAUAACGUCCGAACAUCCGCUCCACGUGAGCUGUUUCGACUAACCGAAGCGUUAGCUGAACUCGUGGAACGCUCACUAGCCGAAUGGGACAUGGUGGGUAAUAGUGAUGAACCAGACGAAGAUGCCCGUCCCUGGGCCUCUGAGCGAGCCGGUUGGCCAUUCGAUUCCGAAACCUGGUCCCUAAAGAACAGCCGGGAGCGGUAUAAACUCCUUGGCCUGAUUCGCGAAGCGCUUGACACUAGUACUCCAUUCUUUGCUCAUUUCCCACCCGAAAUCCCUUCAAGACACCGGGCGGAGCUCCUCUCCGAAACUCUUAUAUCCUUUCUACGCUCUCUACACGAUGGGGUGAUAACGAAGGCGCUCUGGAGCGAGUUAGAAAGCCAAAUUCCUCUUCACGAGAAACCAAGACCCGCGCCUCUAAUCACGGAGCAAGCUCAGUCCCGGGUCCUGGAAGCCAUCUCAACAUCACCGGCUCACAGCGUCUCAUUCACAUUUCUUACAUUCAUGCUUAACCGCAUUGCCGGCGAAGUUGCACCGCUGGGAACAAGUACUACCUCAAUGCCAUUGUCCCCAGCCACACCCUCAGUGGCUUCCCACGGCCGCGCUUCUACAGACCUCUCAGAACCUUCCAGUCCUUCAGUGUCCACCUCGACUCGUUCAUCGAUCACGUUCCCCUUCCGGUUCAAGUCGCGAAGUCGCACGCUAUCAAGCAGUGACGGCAACGAUGCACCAAUGAUCAAUUCGAGGCCGCCAACUAGUAAUGCACCAAGUAAUGCACACACCGCUACUUUGGCAAGGCGUCAGGCUGUUUACAAGGCUUUUGUGGGCAUAUUCGUUGACGUUAUUUUCUCGAAGGAUAUUGCUGUACCGGAGAAAGACAAGGAGAAACGGGCUUUUGAAGAGAGGAAGAGAUCUAUUUUAGAACCGUUUUUGAGAAGUGAUGGGGAUUCCUGA